AUGAAAAGAGGAAACAGCGGAAACCACGAAUCUGAUGAUAGAAACCAAAAUGGCAGUGAAAGGAAGCAAGUGGUGGAAACAACAGGUGCUCUUGGAAGCUCUCGCACAGAAAUUGCAGAGUCCUUCAAGUCGGAAGAUGGUACCGUUGAUAAUAAUAGAACAAGCGUAACACUGUCACCCAAAAUGAUUCAAGAUCAACGAAUCAAGGAAAUGGAACAUGAAAGGAGGGAAAGGGCAAAGCAGCAACGACAGCAAGAAUUGCGGCAUAAUCCUAUGGUUGAAGAAUCGUCGCCUGAUGAAACAUCUUCAGCCACUUCUGUGAUCAACCAUUCGUCAUCAGAAGACGAUCAUCGUACUCGCAGUGGCGGUAGCCAAUCUCGCCCAUAUCCAAAUCAAAUGGAGAAGUAUUGGGACAAACAAUUUGGAAGAGAAAGCGUUAAAUCCAAGACUGACAGGGACAACUUAUUUGCAUCUGUAAUGUCAUCAGUCUCGACCUUGGACGCGAACAUGGACGCUCCCAAUGACGACCCCGUGUUGAAGCAGGGUGAGAGGAAGAAUAACAUAAGACCAAUUCCUGUCGCCCCGGGCGCGUAUGCCCAAGUGGGUCCUACUGCUGGAGCAAACAAUACUGAUGGCGGGAGCGCAUCUCCGUUGGACGAAGAGAAUGCAUCUCCAUUGGAGACUAGGACAUCUAGCAAUUUGGUGCAUGCAAACAAAGUGGAUGACGCUCAAGCCAUUGUGGAUGCCACUGAUGUUCAGCGAGAUAACUUCAAACGUCGACUUUUGAUUGGCGCCGUAUUCAUUUUUGCGGUUUCAUUGGCACUCGGAUUGUACUUUGGUCUCAACUCAAACAAGUCGCAAGUGGGCGCACCGGAUUGUGAUGGCAUCUGCUGUGCUCAUUACGAGGUUCCUAUUGGUCAUCUCGCUCCGCUGAGCUGCUCUUGUUUCGGGACUACGCAGCUCAUAUAUGAUCGUCAUGAUGGAUUUGAGCAACACAAUUUCGACAAAGCAAAGUCCUACUUUAUGGAAUUACUCACAUCACAAGAGAAAAUUAUGAUAUCUUCGGAAUCGAUGAAAGGUAACAACAUAUCCUUCGUAAGUUCUGCAAUGCAGGAGCUGGAACUAAUGCAAGGCAACUCUUGCCAUCCCUACGACCAAGUCCUACUCAUGUUUGCAAGCAAUGUGACAUUUGAAAUGUAUAUGAACAAGAGGAGAUCAUCGAUUCGAAACAGUCACCUGAUGCUUGCGUCUCUGUUUAUUGCAACCAACGGAAUAAACUGGACCCAGUCGAAAGGAUGGUUUGAUGUCGUGGCGGAAGAUGAAGAAGACUCUGAAGAUGAAGUCUUUGAUUUAUGUGACUGGUUUGGUUUGCAGUGCCUGUUUGAAAAUCAUGCCAAUGUUUUGGAUUUGAGCGAGAAUAAUUUGAACGGGACAUUGUCGCCAAUGCUCUUCUUGUUCACAGGCCUACAAGAACUUGACGUUUCCGGAAACCUGGCGCUAUCGGGGAGGAUUCCAAAUGAAAUUGGUAAUCUUUUCCAGCUGACAAGUCUAUCAAUCGCUGAAACGAAUCUAUAUGGUACUAUUCCUUCCGAAUUAGCGAGUAUCCGUCAGUUGCACGAGCUGACUUUGGUUGGACAUGAUGAUCCCUGUUCUGGGUGCCACGGCGAGAUUCCGCCUAGUUUGUUUGACAAUCCAUUUCUCCGAUCAGUUGACAUAUCUUUACAUGGGCUCGUGUCCCCGUUACCAUCGGAAAUACAGCUUGCGAGCAAUCUCCGUACCUUGACGCUUUCUGCAGCCGGCCUUAUAGGGCUCAUCCCCACUGAAAUCGGGGUUCUGACCUCGUUGAAAGUACUGGACCUCUCCUACAAUAAGUUCGACUUUGGUGGGUCGAUACCAUCCGAGCUUUCAAAUCUACCCGAGCUUGUAUUUCUGAACGUUGCAUACUCCGGAUUGAAUGAGACGAUCCCUGAGUCCUUUUGCGACGUGCACGCCAAUACAACCAAAACCCAGCUUCUUGUGGCAACGAGCUGUCAGCAUCCUCUUUGCAGUUGCUGCCGCAACUUAACUGGUAGAAUCACAACGGCUUCUGGAGGUUACAUGAUUGACAUCACAUGUGUUCAACCUAACCAUGAUUGGAUGGAGGAGUUGGCCGAAUGCACCGAUGAGUGGUGGCUUGAUGAUUGA